AUGGGCCCAUCAGCCCGUACGCUUCGCAGGGUUGAUCUCGAUACCCAGCUUCGUAUAACAGAAAGCCAAACCGAGCGCCGUAAGCUCCAUGAAGCUUAUCUCAUCCAUGAAAGUCAAACCCUUCGCCACCAGCGAGAAAAAAUUACCAUUACAGAUUUUGAAGUACUGAAAACCCUCGGGCAUGGUGGAUUUGGUGUUGUUCGCCUUGUUAGAGAUAAAACCACUCGCGAGAUUUUUGCCAUGAAGGUUUUGAGGAAAUGCGAAAUGAUUAAAAUGAAACAGGAAAGUCACGUCCGAGCUGAGCGUGAUCUCUUGGGAUGUGCUUCUGAAGUCGCCGAGUGGAUCGUUCGGCUAGUCUAUACAUUCCAAGACCCAGACUAUCUAUACUUUGUACUUGAAUUUAUGCCAGGUGGCGAUUUGCUUGGAUUACUGAUCAAGCUGGAUAUUUUCAACGAAGAUUUUGCCAAGCAUUACUGUGCCGAGAUGGUCAUGGCAAUCGAAGAAGUGCAUAAGCUGGGCAUGAUUCAUCGAGAUGUAAAACCAGACAACUUUCUUUUUAAUUCACAGGGGCAUUUACGGUUAGCAGAUUUUGGACUGGCAACAGAUUUUUAUUCAUGGAGACAAAGAAAUAGCUUGUUUGAUGAUCAAGUGGUGACCAACAUAGCUGAAGCAUCUCCAGUAAAUGUAAUUCCUGCUCAACCUCCACACCAGGUUCUCUCUAAAUCAGCCAAAACAUCCAUGAGAAAAUUUGCUGCCUUUUCCAUUGUUGGAACCAAUAAUUAUAUUGCUCCAGAAGUCCUCAGAAGUAACAGUUCACAAGGAUACGACAAAUCUUGCGAUUGGUGGUCAUUAGGAGUCAUUUUAUUUGAAAUGCUAUUUGGGUUUCCUCCGUUUUGCUCAAAAACUCAAUCACAGACAAAAACCAAGAUUUUGAAUUGGAGGCAGUCUUUAGUUUUCCCAGAUCAGCCAGUUGUUUCAGAAAAUGCCAAGGAUUUGAUACGGAGAUUGAUUUGUGAUGCCGGAAAUCGGUUUGGAUCCAAGCCAAUUGGCGAUGCCGAAGACAUCAAAGCACACCCAUGGUUUUCUGGUACAGAUUGGGAGCAGUUGCAUGCCAUUACACCACCUUUUGUUCCCGAUCUCCAAGAAAACACGGAUACAUCAUAUUUUGAGCAAGUGGACGAAGAUGAGAUUCAGCGUAUGUUGCAAGUAAAUUCCAGUACUAAAGACAAUGAGAAAACGGCGGAUAUGAUUGAUGCUGAAAAGCGAUUGGCAUUUGUUGGGUUUACGUACCGAGCCCCAAAGGCGCAUUCAAAAACCGUAAAAGUUGCUCAACCAUCCAAAUUGGGUGACGCCCAAGCAUUCAAUGGCUUCAAAAUCAUAGAUAAAGAAGACUCUGACAGUAUAGACAGCUUGUAA